AUUUCUCUUCUUACUCUCAUGGCGCCGCGACGUCGACAGACGGCGGAAUCCGCAAUGGCAACGCUGCUCCACCUUCCUCCCGAGAUAUGCGCGUUGAUAUGUGCCGUUGUCGAACCCAAGACGCUAUUCGCCCUGGCGCGCGUAUCGCACACGUUUCGCGACGAAGCACAAAGACUCAUCUUCCAGAGCGUUGAUCUGCGCGAUGGCGGGAAGGCGCUGGCGGCCUGGUGUCGGGCUGUCUCCCGCAAUGCCCGGCUGGGCGGAUACGUACGGCGAUUCACGAUCUCCUCGCGGGAGGUCGUUGCUGGCUCGGACGACCCCGCCCGGGUGGCACGUGCGCUGAAGAAGUGCACCGGCCUGCAGCGCCUGGCGGUGCAUGCGCCCGCGGAGUUUGGCGGGGACGCGACGCAGACGUGGGUCAUCGACCACCCGUCGUUCCGCCUUACCCACUUCUCCAACUCGCACUUUCGCUUCGCGUUCCUGCGGCAAUUCUUCAACCGCCAGACGGACAUCCGCGUGUUGUCGCUGCCAAUGAUGCCGAUGGGGCUCCAGGACGGCGCAUUUCCCUGCUCAGAGGAUCAGCUGCCGAAGCUAAUUGCUUUGGAGGUGCCCUCCACAGACUUGCUUCCCACGGAGCCACGGCCGCUGCAGCGCAUCCAGCUCCGCCUCAUCCGCCAAUACCUGUCACGCGAUCUCACUCGCCUCCAGCUCUUCGCGGCGACACUCACCAGCCUCAGCAUCUCCGAGGUCGCCGUCAUAUCCCUCGAGGAGACUUUUGCCGCGAUCGCCCAGGCGGCCCCGCACCUGCAACAUCUGGCGCUGACCGAGAACCUUGUCCCCUUCUUUGAGGAGAACGACGAGCGAUUCCAGCGCACCGAGGUCCAGCCGGCCCCGCGCGCCGCCCUCCCGCGGCUGCGCCAGCUCAAGACGCUCGUGCUGUACACGUACCACACCACCACCCUCGUCGACGGGCUGACAAACCGCAACUACCCGCUCCUUGAGCCUGAGCGUGUCGCGGAGCUCUUCCUAGAGAUCGCGCCGGGGCUGAAAUCGGUCACAAUCGGGGCCUACGCCGGGUCGCCGCGCUCAGGCUGGCGGUUCGUUGCUGCGGAGACAACGUGCACCCUCACGCGCGGGGAGGGAUCCGCGGCACAUACGGUGAAGAUUGGAAACGGGUACGACUUCAAUGCGGUGUCGCAAUUCUGGGAUUAG